CCGGUACAUUUAUGUGUGCCCAUUGGUCACGAAGAGCAAACCGAGACAGGAAUUGACAUGAUCCUCCCGGAAGGGUGCAUUUGGGAUGAAGAUAAAUCUGUGCGGAAUUAUACAAUGAAACAUAGCCCCAGUUUCUUUCUAAAUUCGUUCUUCUAACCACUGUUUAUAGAGAACUAUCAUCAUCAUGGCCAAUUGUAAUGAAGCGGAUUUACCACCAAAUCUGACUUGCCUGAAAAAUGUUGAUACCCUUCUCCGAUGUCCCAUUUGUUUUGAGUUCCUGAGUACCGCAGUGAUGACAAAAUGCUCUCACAACUUCUGCUCUUUGUGCAUAAGAAAAUGUAUGUCCAACAAGUUGCAAUGUCCGGUGUGUAAUUCACCUACAACAGAACAGGACAUAAGAAACAACCGGAUACUGGAUGACCUGGUCACAAACUUUCAAACUGCAAGGCAGCAGUUGUCAAAAGCUAAUUUCGACUCGCCUCCAUUGUCCCCGAAGACCCCGGCCUCUGUUGUCACGUGUAAAACACACAGACAGACCAGGGGCCCCAAGAAGGAUGGCUCCAUCCUCAGUCACUUUUUCCAGAAGGGGCCAAUCACUUCCACAACAUCUCUCACUACAGAGGCCCUGACAGCACGUCAUAUACAAACUGUGAAAGUAGACCCUGGUCAUCAGGUCUCUGUGAAGGAGGAGCCCAUGGAGGAGGAGAUACCGGCCCAGGUGCUGGUGGCUGUGAAGAUUGAGAAGAUGGACAUCUCCAUGACAGGGCUGGCGUCUCUGGCUGACUCACCAUCCACAUCACAGGACGUGAAGCCUGUAGUUAAAGUGGAGUGUCCUGUGUGUUCUGUGGGCAUCUCUGAACAGCUCAUCAACAAGCACCUAGACACCUGUCUGACCCGAGGGGAGAAGAAGGAGAGCCUUAGGAGCUCCCUAGGUGCUAAGAGGAGGCCGAUGGGGAAGCUGGUGUACACGCUGCUGUCCAUGCAGGAGCUGAAGAGGAGGCUGAAGGAGUGCCACCUCUCUGUCCAGGGUAACAAAGAUCAGCUGGUCAGGAGGCACCAGGACUUUGUACACUUCUACAACGCCCAGUGUGACGCCCUGGAACCGAAAUCAGCCAAAGACAUUGCCAAUGAAGUGGAGGCCAACGAGAAGGCCAGGAACCAACUUCAGGGGAAAACCAAACGUGCCAUGGACUUCUCAAAGAAUCAAAGUGUGGGGAAAAUCGACGAGAUGCAUUCAACUUACAGGAAGCAGCAUAACAGUGAGUUCUCCCGCCUUAUCGCCCAGGUCCGGGGUCGCCUGGAAAAGACCAGGAAGAGGGAGAUGAAACAGAAAGUGAGGGAUGAGGGAGUAGAGGAGGACCGGAGAGCGUGCUCCAGCUCUGCAGAUAAAGCAGCAGAACAGGAACAGAGGGAUCCCAGUCCCAGUGACUCAGAGGCCUUCUGCAUAUUGAUGACAUCACCAGUACAGGAGCCCUCUGAGGAGCAGCAGCAGCCUUCUGUUGUAGAGGUCAUUUCCAGGUCACCCAGCUGUCUCAGUGACGUGUCCAUCAGCAGUUUUUCAGUCCUGCUUCUGGAGGUCACCUUGUGAUCCUGUGUGAGUGUGAACCCCAGGCUGAGCAGAGGGAGAUGAGGCCUCCAGGUUUGUGCCGUCUCUUCUGUCUGUACAAUCAUUACUCACCUGUCAGCGCCUAUUAGAGCUCUCUUUAUGUGGUAGGCUGUCAUGUUACUGUUAGGAGAUAACACAAAAAUGCAUCAGCUUUUUUACCCAAUGGUGUACUAAUUAGGCUAUUCUGUUUGCUCCCUGUUCCACAGUCGAGAACUUCAAAGGGACUAUACAGCCCUCAAAGACCAUCUUUGGGAGAAGAGCUCUUCACAAAAGUAUUUUUUUAUUCCCCACACAGUGAUAAAAAAUGUAUCUUUGUCCAGGCAAAGUGAUGAAAAGCUCUUUUAAUUAAUUCAACUUGCAUAGAGGGGUGUUGUUGAAGAAUCCUGAGAAGUUUUGCUGCACUCUCCACAGGUGUUGGGUUAGAGCAUCUCUGAAGAGAACAUUUAAUGCUGUCUUCUAAUCUUACAUAAGUGAAAGGCCAGCCGUAUGGAGGUACAUACUAUAAGCAGGUCCUUGUUUGGUUUUGAUUUAAUGUUUAGGAGAGAAACAUUACUUUGAGCUUUCUGCUCAUUAUGGGAUCAAUCCGGGCUGCUCAACGCAGGUGUUUGGAAUAGAUUGACCCAAUGUGUUUGCUUUUUUGUGGUUCUCUCCGGUUGUUCUUUCUGGUGAAUCUCAUUCCUUCUGCACACUAUGGCAGUUUCUUCAGCCUCCAUUUGCUUUAUUGAUUUUAUUUUUAAGUCCCCCUGACAUGUAUUGAUUUACUUUCAAGAGAAGAGAGUAAUAUAAAGGAAAAUUUUGCUAAAAUAACACUGAAAUAGUGAGUAGGCUACAUACAUGAUAUUUAUAUUGUGAUAAGGCUAUAUGAAGAACUUACAAACUUCACUUUCAAAAAGGCCGACUUAGGGCUGAAAUCAUUUUCACUUAAAUAGCCAUCUUAAGCUUGAACAAAGUACUACAAAGUACUAGUAAAUAUGUUUUUUUUCCUGUUUAAUACAUUUGCUAAACAUUUCUAAAAA